AGCAGUCCCUAAGCUCUCAUCAUUCUGGGAAUAUAUUUUUUUCCUUCAGUAUUCCUCUCUGAAGACGAUGAAUUUCAACUGCCCGUGUCGUCUUUGAGCCCCAGGCGCCGCCGUGUUUCGCGGCGCAGCACGACCCUCACAGGAUGAACAGUCGCCGGAGAUUCAACGGAGGGUCGCAACAAAUUGCCUCUGUAAAAGGGAGUCUCAUUCUUCUCCUGUCGCUGCUUAUCUUCUUCGCCGCCCCUUCCGCCGCCUGCUCUGACGGCACCUGCCAGGUUCGGGAUUCAUGUGCUGCGGCCACCGACUGUAGCCCCGGGCUUUACUGCGGGAAUUGCGCCGCAAUGGGGAAGAAUCAACCGUUUUGUAUCAGAGGACAGGCAACUAUACCCACUUCCAUUAUGAGUGGGUUGCCCUUCAACAAGUACUCAUGGCUGGUGACCCAUAAUUCAUUUUCUAUAGUUAAUGCUCCAUUACUGACAGGACCUCAGAGAAUCACCUUCACUAAUCAAGAAGACAGCGUUACAAACCAGUUAUUGAAUGGAGUUAGGGGAUUCAUGCUGGAUAUGUAUGAUUUCGAAGACGAUAUCUGGCUCUGCCACUCUUUCAAUCGCCAUUGCUUCAAUAUCACUGCUUUUGAGCCAGCGAUUAACACGCUUAGAGAAAUAGAAUCAUUCUUGUCUGCAAGACCUUAUGAGAUAGUCACCAUUAUAAUUGAGGAUUAUGUGCACAAACCUAGAGGUUUGAGCAAAGUGUUUAGCGAUGCAGGGCUGGACAGGUAUAAGUUUCCAGUUUCUGAGAUGCCCACAAAAGGUCAUGAUUGGCCCACUGUAGAUGAGAUGGUUGCUAAAAAUUACCGUUUGCUGGUUUUCACUUCUGAUUCUUCAAAGGAGACAGCAGAAGGAAUUGCGUAUCAGUGGAAUUACAUGGUGGAGAAUGAGCCUGGAGAUCCUGGACUGCGGCCUAGAUCAUGUACCAACAGGAAGGAAUCCAAGGGACUUGAUUCAAGAAGUGCUUCUCUAUUUCUAAUGAACUACUUCCCAACAAUUCCUGUUCAAGAUGAAGCUUGCAAGGAGCAUUCUACCCCACUAUCUGAUAUGGUUAAGAGCUGCUAUAAAGCAGCAGGGAACUUGAUGCCGAACUUCGUGGCAGUAAACUUUUACAUGAGGAGUGAUGGAGGGGGUGUUUUUGAUGAUCUGGAUCAAAUGAAUGGUCAGUCUUUGUGCGGGUGCAAUACGAUAACUGCUUGUAAGGUAGGUCAAUAUGGAGUGUGCAAGGACAUUGCAGCACCUAAUACAACUCCAGGGACAAACAACAAGGGCGGAACUUUUUCCGGGUCUGUCCAAAUGACCAGCGCCGCUGCGCCCAUCAUCGAAUCCGCAACCACAUUUUACAUUUUCUUCCUCUUUUGCCCCUUUCUACUAUAAUCAGUGUUUCCCAGUGUUGAACCUUUCAAAAAGACACUCUAGCUAACUUUACCCAUUGAAAUAUAUAUAUUUCCUCCAGUUGUUUACAGACAACAAAUUACUUAGUAUGUACCAUCACCAUAUGAAUGAAUGUGCUGUUAUUAUGUACAGAAAUGGAUGGAGAUCAAUCAAGAAAUGAGUAAGGUAGGGGUAGGUGGUUUCAGGGUUGCUUUGGGUAGAAUCUGAAGAGAUGGACUAAUGGUGAGGAGGGCAAUGAAGCAGUCCAUGGGAAUCCUCAUUCCCCACACGUUAAUGGAUUCCAGUUUGCAGCAUUUGUUCACCAGAGCUAUGAGUCCUCUCUCGCUCACGUGCCGGCAACCCCACAGUACAAUACUCUGUUGUCACAGACAAGUGUUUUUUUGAAGGCAAUAAAAAUAAUGUACUCCCUCUGUCCACCAUAGAUCUUCCCAGUCAUUAUUCACAUGGUCAAACUUACUCACUUUGUUUACUUAAUUUUACUAGUCAUUUCAUAAAAUAAUAUAGUCUUGUCACCUCU